GCGACCAUGUAAUAUGUAUGGGCAAGAAGACAAUUUAAACAUAAUGCAGUACUUGUCCAUAAAAUUGGAUUUAUCCAACUUCUUCAGUGAUGAACGUCGCUGUUCAGUGGUCUUAGUCGAUGAAACAUGGGAAAAUGUCAAAGAUCUGCAAGAUCACAUACAAAAGUUGUUCAAUUUGAAAGAGAUAAGUUUGUUGACCAGCGAUGGUUGUUAUGUACCUCCAAAGGAAUCGAUCAGAGUAAUCAAAUCUCGGCAAUCGCUUAAAGCUUUUCUGCUGGAUCCAACCGGCAGUAGUUCAAAGGAGGAUCUUUCACAUGUGGCUGAAACAAAUAAAAAGCGCAAAAAUCGUUCGGCUGAAACGGAAAAAGAGUUUACAAGCUCCACGCCCAAUCUACCCAAGCGUUCCAAAUGCAAAAACAUAACAAGAAAUGAGGCCACCUAUGUGGACGCCCCUUCAAUCAAAAGCGCUACAAAUGGGCUAGAUAACAAAGAUCAAACAAACCUUUUAACUGAAUCUUUGAUUCAAGAUGAUCCAAAGCCUUCAGAUAUUAGCUGUGUAGAAACUACUAAAUCAGCUACAAUCACCACUGAGUCUAGCACAUUAAAUCAAUCAAAUCGAACUACUAGAAAUCUAAGCAGCUUUAACAAGCAAAGCGUUUCAAAUAACCACAUCCUAUAUAAGGAUGAUGAAGAGGAGGAAAAUGUGCCAACAAAUGGCACACCUGUGGAGCAGAGUUUGCAAUCCGAGAUAGUUGCACCUGAAGUUGAAUUUCGCAGUCAUCUGAUGGAGUUAGAUCCGAACUCUGUGCGCAUCUUUAAGCUACCACGUAAACAAGAAACCAUAAAAAUUAUAGAGGAAAUUGUGAUUCCAGCCAAGGCGCCUGCACCCGAACAGAAAGAGGAACAAACGCAUUUGGAAGAGUCAGUGGAGGCAGCGACUACACCGAAUAAAGCGGAUUUUGAAGAUAAGACAACGACGCCUUUAACUUCGACUAAACUGGACUUAGAGCUUUCACUGAAGGAGCAAGAAUCUAAGGAUAAAUCACAGAUCGAGGAACCAAUGCAGAGUUUACUGGAUUCCGACUCGGACAUUAUGGUGUUGGAUGAUACAAAUUUGGAUGACUCAGACUCAGAUGUGGAAGCAGUACCAGUGAAGGAUGAGUCAUUGGAUAUCAUUCGAGACAUGCUACAAAAUGCAGCGCCUUUAGAGAGUUUACCCAAUGUGGGUGAAACGAUAAUCUUUAAGUUGGCUAAGAAAAAAGGAGCACAGCAACCAACAACGGUUACCGAUAACAUAGCGGGCACCUGCUCCUACGUCAAUCGUCGUACGACAUCAAUCACAAUUUCUGUAAUCGCAUGUGCCGAUGUGUCCUCUGACGUACUGAACCAGUAUUCCAGCCGUUUGGAUGAUACUUCAAACUCGAUGCCCCCCACUUUAAAUGUUAAAUUUAGAGACUUGCUAGAGGCCAAAGUAAUUGUGGCCUCUGUGGAUUAAGCAGUCAUUUUCCGUUCCUUA